AACAAGAUGCCGACAGUACACCUCCUGGACUACGUGGCUGGCAACAUCCGAUCGCUGGUCAAUGCCAUCGAGAAGGUCGGCUACCAGGUCGAAUGGAUCAAGUCACCUGAAGAUGUGCAAAAGGCAGAGAAACUCAUCCUCCCCGGAGUAGGUCACUUUGGUCACUGCCUCAGCCAAUUCAACAACUCUGGAUAUGUCGAGCCCAUCAAGAAGCACAUCGCCGCUGGUAAGCCCUUCAUGGGCGUCUGUGUCGGUCUACAAGCUCUGUUUGAAGGCUCAGAGGAGAACUCGGAGGUGCCUGGUCUUGGUCUGAUCCCUGGCCGUCUGGAAAGAUUCGACGACUCGGACAAGAGUGUGCCUCACAUUGGCUGGAACUCAGCAAACACUGCUUCGGAACAAGGCCUGGACGCGAACCAGAGUCUUUACGGCAUGCGUCCCGACAGCAAAUACUACUACGUCCACUCAUACGCCAAGAUGUACGAACCCGGUGUUCUCGAGAAGGCCGGCUGGUCUGUAGCCACCGCCCGCUACGGCAACCAAGAAUUCGUCGGAGCUGUCGCAAAGGACAAUGUCCUGGUCACCCAAUUCCACCCCGAGAAGAGUGGUGCAGCAGGUCUCCGCGUUCUCAAGGCCUUCCUGGAAGGCGACCGUCUCUCUACCCUCCCCCAAACACCCUCCGCCUCAACAACAAAAGAAGGCCUUACCCGCCGCAUCAUUGCCUGCCUUGACGUCCGCACAAACGAUUCAGGCGACCUCGUAGUAACAAAAGGCGACCAAUACGACGUCCGUGAAAAGGAGGAAGGUGCCGCUGUCCGCAACCUCGGCAAGCCUGUUUCCAUGGCCCAGAAAUACUACGAACAAGGUGCCGACGAAGUCACUUUCCUAAACAUCACCUCCUUCCGCGAAACUCCUCUCAAAGACCAACCUAUGCUUGAGAUUCUCCGUCAAGCUUCAUCAACCGUCUUCGUUCCCCUCACAAUCGGCGGCGGCAUCCGCGACACAAAGGACCCAGAGACCGGCAAAGUUGUCCCAGCCCUGGAGGUCGCAACACUCUACUUCAAAUCCGGCGCCGACAAAGUAAGCAUAGGCUCCGACGCCGUAACCGCCGCCCAAGAAUACUACGCCGCCAAUAAAACACUCUCCGGCAAAACCGCAAUCGAAACAAUCAGCAACGCCUAUGGUGUUCAAGCCGUCGUCGUGUCCGUCGACCCCCGCCGCAUCUACGUCAACAGCCCCGAAGACACGACUCACGCCGUGCUCAAAACACCCUACCCCGGCCCCAACGGGGAGCAAUACUGCUGGUAUGCAUGCACCAUCCACGGCGGCCGCAGCACUUCCGACCUCGACGUCAUUCAACUCUGCACAGCAGUGGAAGCCAUGGGCUGUGGAGAAAUCCUCCUAAACUGCAUCGACAAAGACGGCACGAACUCCGGCUUCGACCUGGAACUCGUAAAGUCGGUCAAAGCGGCCAUCAAGAUCCCUGUUAUUGCGAGCAGUGGUGCCGGAAACGCCGGUCACUUCAAAGAGGUAUUCGAUCAGACGACUGUCGACGCUGCGCUGGGGGCUGGCAUGUUCCACAGGGGAGAAUGGACUGUGAGACAAGUCAAGGAGGAAUUGGAAAAGGAUGGUUUGUUGAUUAGGAGAUUUGAAGAUGAGAUUUAAGAGGACGGGUUGAGUUUGGUUUUCUGGUCUGCAUAAGGAAGAGAGGUAGAUUAAGCGUAUGUCC